GCUCCUGACGGUUCCCAUCUCUCCCGCCCCGAUACCCUCCUGCUCGCGAUGGUCCGGCGCUCUCCACCUCCCCUGCUCCGCUCCGACACCCGCCCCCUCGCGAUCCGCCACCAGUUCACCGAUGGUUUGGCUCGGUCGUCCAGACUCCCCGUUGGGCGAUGCCUCCGUUGGGCGAUGCCUCCCUCGCCCGAGUCUCCCCCUCACACGAAACCUACCCCCACUCGAUCGCGGACGCCUCCGGCCUUCCCAUCGGGCGCGAGCGCCGCCCCCACAUGCUCGCCUUCAAUUUGCGGCGCCGUCAUCCUCCCCGGCGGGCGCGGGCGCCGUCCCCGCCUUCUCGGCUUGGACUUGCGGCGCCGUAGGCCUCCCCGAUGGUUCGUGGAUGCCUCCGGCCUCCCCGACGGCUGCGAGCGCCGCCCCGCCUGCGCGCCUUCAAUUUGCGGGACCAUCGACCUCCCUCUCGCUCGCCAGCUUCGCGCGGGUCCACACGAGGCUCAGCCGCCACCGCAUCGCCUGCACACCGGUCUCCUCCACCCCCGUGUGCUCGAGCCGCCGCCACCGCCGCGUCCACCCGUGUGCCAACACUGCAUCUCCCUGUGUCCAGACUGGAUUUCAACUCUGAAGAAACCCGACGCGUGCCGCUGACCAGAAAUGGUUGUAGGCUGGUAUCACUCACAUCCUGGCUUCGGUUGCUGGCUCUCUGGAGUUGAUAUAAAGACUCAACAGAGUUUUGAAGCUUUGAAUCCCAGGGCUGUUGCUGCUGUGAUAGAUCCCAUCCAGAGUAUGAAGGGGAAGGUGGUUAUUGAUGCAUUCCGCCUCAUUAAUCCUCAAACCAUGAUGCUUGGCCAGGAGCCACAGCAGACGACAUCAAAUGUUGGGCACCUAAAUAAGCCAUCUUUCCAGGCUCUUAUCCAUGGGCUGAACAGACACUACUACUCAAUUGCAAUCAAUUACAGGAAAAACGAGCUUGAGGAAAUGCUGAACCUAGCCAUCAAGUACAACAAGGCAGUGCAAGAGGAGGAUGAGCUGCCACGAGAAACUUGCCAGAGUGAAUGCCGGUCGGCAGGAUGCAAAGAAGCAUUUGGAAGAGCAUGUGUCAAAUUUGAUGUCGUCAAACAUAGCUCAGACCUAGGAACCAUGCUUGACACAAUUGUCUUUUAGCCUACGACUAUUGUUGUUCCAAACAAUCUACACAUACCCAUUUUAUUGAAGCCCGACACAUGGAAUGAGCUUGACGCCA